AUGGCAUCGAUUGAGGAGGCUAGGAAGCUUGUCGAAAAUAAGGAAUAUUCGAAGGCCGAAGAACUAUAUAUUUCACUGCUGAAAGAUAGCUCCGACACCAGCAAGAGCUCGGCCAAAACCCAAACCCAAGAACAAUGCAUAGUAGAGCUAGGCAGUCUCUAUGGGCUUUCGAACCAGCCCGAUAAGCUCGCUGAAUUCAUCCCACAUGCUAGGGAGCUCAUGAUGCAAUAUGCCAAAUCUAAGACCGCCAAGGUGCUCAAAACCCUUAUUGACCAGUUUGACAAAAUCCCCAACUCGCUGGACAAACAGAUCGAGGUGUGCAAGGAGAGCAUUGAGUUCGCGACCAAAGAGAAGCGUGUGUUCCUGAAGCACUCCUUGUCCAUAAGGCUAGCCACUCUAUAUUUCGAGAAAACGCAGUACAACGAGUCCUUGCAGCUGAUCAACGGCCUGCUUCGCGAGUUUAAGAAACUGGACGACAAAUCGUCUCUUGUGGAUGUGCACUUGCUGGAAGCCAAGGUCUAUCACAAGCUGAGGAACCUGGCAAAGGCGAAGGCUGCCCUCACCAGUGCCAGAACAGCCGCAAACUCCAUAUACUGUCCUACGCUGACGGUUGCAGAACUAGAUCUCAUUAGCGGUAUGUUGCACUGUGAGGACAAGGACUACAAAACCGCUUUUUCAUACUUUUACGAGGCGUUCGAGGGCUUCCACAAUCAGUCGACCAACUCGCAGGAGAAGGCUGCGCAAGUUUUAAACUACAUGCUGCUAUCGAAGAUUAUGCUGAACUUGAUAGACGAAGUCAACUCUAUUCUAAACGCCAAAUAUACCAAAGAAAGCUACCAGUCUCGUGGCAUCGAUGCCAUGAAGGCCGUGGCUGAGGCUUACUCUCACAGAUCUCUGCUGGAGUUCAAUGCCGCUUUGAAAAAGUACGAAAAGGAGCUGAUGGGUGACUCCCUAAUUAGGUCACAUUUCAACGCUCUGUAUGAUACUUUGUUGGAAUCUAAUCUGUGCAAAAUCAUUGAACCUUUUGACUGUGUCGAGGUGCGUCACAUUUCCAAGAUGAUCGGCCUAGACAGCCAACAGGUUGAAGGGAAGUUAUCGCAAAUGAUUCUCGACAAGGUCUUUUACGGAGUACUCGACCAAGGGAACGGAUGGCUGUAUAUAUAUGAAACACCUCACCAGGACGCCACUUACGAUUCUUCUCUCGAGCUUAUCGGACAGCUAAAUAAGGUUGUUGAACAGCUUUUUGAGAAGGCUAGUGUUCUCAAUUAG